UUCACCUGCAGUGACUUGGUGUGGAGCUCCAGUGCAGGCGGGCAUCAUGGCGAAGGGUUUCUUUAUCAGUAAAGCUGUUGGGAUAGUGUGCAUCGUCGCAGCUGUGGGCGCCGUGGCCACUAUCAUAGCUCUGUCUGUUGUUUACUCGCAGGAAAAGGCGAAAAACAAUGACAGUAACCUGCAACCGACUAAACCACCCCCAGUGACUAAACCUCCCGGCCCGACAACAGCUAAACCGUCCAAUGAGCUUUGGGACAAGUAUCGGCUGCCCUCUAACCUGGUGCCAUGGCACUAUAACGUCACCCUGUGGCCACGACUGACUCCAGAUGCAACCGGAAAAUACAUCUUUACUGCUGAAACAGUUCAAGGCCGAUAACGCCGAAGUCGGUUUUGGCUCCGGGACUCUGGCACUGGAUCAGUCCAUCGAGAGAACCGUCGCCAACAUAAAAUGGAUCGCAGAGAACGAGAACAAUGUUCUGAACUGGUUCAUAGCUGAAUCUAAGUCCUAAUGAGGAGUUUACUUGUUCUUUGUGUAAUUUAAAAAUGAAAUGUUCUUUUUCCAUUAGUUUAAGUCCUUAGACUUAGAUUUGAAACAUGAGUAUUUGUGCUCCUAAAAAAUGAGAUAAUAUGUUCACCUUUAGCAUAAAUUGGGACCCAAAUUAGCUGCUGAGCUUUACUUGUGCUGCAGUUUAUUUGAAUUGAAUUGGAAAUUACAAUAUAUUUAGAAUCCUUGAAAGCAGAAAUACAAAUAGCAUUAAAAUUUCACACUUGAAGUCAGACAGCCAGAGAUGACAUGUUUUUGUUGUUUUAUACUUUUAAAAAUCAAUUUUUUAAAAAUAAUUUUACAAUCUCGUGGUUAUAAAGAAGGAGUUCCUUAUAAAUGGCAAUUUUUUGUGUUUUCAUGUAAUAUUUGGGUGAUAAUUUAGUGAUGUCAGGGGAAACAAAAAGUCCUCUCUGGCCUCUAAAUUCUAUCAGCUUCAAUUGUUUCUGUUUCUUCCUGUUUAAUAUUGAGCUCCUGAGUUGACGACUUCAGCGUCUCAGAUUUAAGGAUUAAGGUUUACUAUAUUUCUUAUCCCACUGCAAAAUAAUUUAUGAAUUUAUGAUAAAACUGGAUUGUUAAUGAGGACAUUUGUUUAUUUAUUGUUCACAUUAGCUCUGGUUAUGAUGACUUUUUGCUCUGAAACCAGUGUUUUUUUAAUUGUAUUUCCACCUUUAAAUGGACAAAACAAAAGGAAUACUUGAGCACUUUUAAAAUUCAAAUACUAAAUUUUGUCAGUAUUCUUUGUCUAUGAGAUACUGCUGUGCAAAAAUGUAAAAAGUGAAGUCUAUAUAAUUAUAAAAUUGUACAUAUUUGCUGA